AUGAAGAAGAAAGUAUUUGAAGAUAUUGAUGAUUCAACAUCUUCGAUCUUACCAACAUUGGUAAUUCAAAAGAUUAUUUCAUUGGCAUGGAAUGAUAUACAGUAUUGUACAUGUAUACAUCAAAACCAAAUCUAUGCAUUGAAUUUGGCAAUGAUAUCAUUAUCAAAAAUCGACCCAAACCAAGACCGUCCAUCACAUCUUCAAGAGAAACAAAGUAUUCUAAAAGAGAUUAGAAAUGUUUAUAAUCGUGUCAAUGGAUCGGCUCAUCAAUCAUGUCCAAGACAUUUUACUGAACAAGAGAUUAAUGUUGUAUUUCCAUCCCCAAGCACGACUACGAGUAAUUAUUUGGAUAAAGCCUUUUUUGGUCAACCCUAUGGAUUCACAGACGACCCGAAAUACAAGACUGAAGGUCAGCUAAUCAAAAAGUCAUUGUUAUUAAUCAACAAGCGUACAUUCAACUUUAUCACUGCCAAUCUUUGUAAAGACUUGAAUGCGCUUUCAGGACUACAACCAAAACUUUGGCAAAAGGUUAUUGGAUAUAGAUACUUUGCAUUCAAGUCACCAAUAACUAUCGAUUUUGGUAGUACUGAUUUAAGCGAUUUGUUAGUCAAUGGAGGUGCAAAAAAUGGAGAGAAUAUCAAAGAGUUGUUUAAACAAGUGACAAAAAUCAAGAUUGACCAUCUAUCAUCCAAAGAUAUGGCCAAGCUAGCAGAGGUAGCUCCACUUCUCAAAUCAAUCAGAGUUGGCCGGGAGAAUCAAGACACCAAACUACUCAAAAAGAUUGGUGAACAGUUUCCAGACCUCCAGUCAAUCAAAAUCCCCGACUAUGAACCCUAUGAUGAGAGUAUCAUCGAUUAUACAUGUCCACUUACUAAACUCAUACUUGGUGACAGUCACAUGACACAGUUUAUCGAGGAUUGUUUCAACGGAGGUAAAAUGGAGUUGGAAUCUUAUGUCAAGUUGAUCAAGACAAUUCGUAUCACUGACAGUCUUGUCAAUCUCUUUCGUUCGAAUGAGAAUCCAUUCCCCAACCUUGUACACAUUCACAUUCAUCUAAAGGAUUGUGAAUCGAUUGAUUGGGAUGAUCUCCAAUUACCAAGUACCGUCGAAAAGAUUACAAUCGAUCAAACCCAUUCUUAUUCUCGUAUUUCAUCCAUCGUCCCAUUACUCACUGCCAACAGAGACCAAAUCAAAUCACUCAAGGUGGUUGGAUCACCUCCACUAGAAUUACUAGUUCCAUUGGUAUCGACUCUAACUAGUCUUGACUCUUUGACAGUAGAAUAUCAUCAUAGUCUUACUAUCAAUCAUGCCAAUACAUUUAAACCUUUCGGUUUGAAUUUUAAUUCAUUAAGAAAUUUUAAAUUAUUAUUCCUAAAACAAAAAGAAAAAGUACAAGAAAAAGAAAAAGAAAAAGAAAAAGAAAAAGAAAAAGAAAAAGAAUUGGAAAAGAAGAAGAAUAAUAAUAAUAAUAAUAAUAUUGAAUUACCAACUGAAAUAAUAGAUGGUAUUAUAAAGAUGGCAUGGAAUGGAUUGGAUAGAUGUACAUGUCAAUUUGAAAUACCAACAGAGUCGUCUGGAAAGGAAUGGUUGGAUAGUUUCGAGUUGUCAGUUGGUCAAUGUCCGCUGCAUAAUAGUAUUAAUAGUGGUGGUAUUGUGGCAUUUAGACCGGCAGUGAUUGCUACAUUGUCUCUUGUUGAUUUGGCCGAGCAAAGAUGUCAACUGCAAUUGAUAUCGAGACAUUAUAAUGUAUUGGUUGGUGGAUUGGUUAGAGAUGCUCUGUACACGCCGAGAAAUGCACCUUCACAGGCUAGUAUUUAUGGAGAUGGAAGACCAGACAUCUACACAACUGAAAGAUACCCGAAUAUUUCGAGUAUCACAACACUCGAUUCAAUCAAUCGAUUGAUGAGAUUGAACGGGUCGAUUAGAAAGAUGAAAACAUUCUCGAAAAACUAUUGUAAUCUUGAUUACCCAACAUUCAACCAACUGGUCAAUCUAGAGACAUACAAGGGAUACGAAUUGGACAAUAUCUAUACACUUAUUGGAGGUCCCCAAUCUCUUGUUAAACGAGUGACACGUAUCGAUAUAUCACGUAUCCUUUCCAUUCACCCAGCAGUGAUUGAAACCUUUUUAAAGGGUAUUGAUUGGCCACUCGUUAAACUGGUGUUGCCGUCAGUCACGACAAUGUCUGGUGGUAAUCGAAAAGACACUCUUGAACUGACCGCUACGGCACUUGCACCAAUUGCACAUCAAUCGUUGAGGGUAGUGUCAGCCGACAUACACUCAGACUUUGACACGCAUCUCGUCAAGUUCCCAUCACUCAACCAUAUCGUGUUUGUUGGUGGUCCGACCAACUAUAAAGGUAGUCUUAUUGCCAAUGCCAAGAAUGGUGGUCUUCCAACCACACUCACCAAGAUAUCAAGUCAACUCCAAUGGACCACAUUUGACUAUGCACCCGUGCUCCUUACCUACCCAACCAUCACCUCUAUCAAACUGCGUCUGUACAACUCUGCCAUUCCAAGUCUCCGACCAUUGGUCCUCGUACCAACACUCCAACGAAUCUCUCUUUUGGUCUGUCGCAUGGACCCCGCUCAAUUUACAAAAUUUGUCUCUUCCUUUGAAAAGAAUCAUUUCCAAUAUCAAGGUUCUUUCCCACUUGCAGACAAUAUUUAUCAAUCAAUUAAAUAG